AUAUACCAUACACGGCCACACGGGCCACGGACUCACGGUACUUGAUUUUAGUAGGUAUCUAUAGAAUUUUGAAUUAUAAAAUUGUAUAAAAUAGUACCUACUGAGUAUGCCAAUUAAACUAAAAGAAUUAGUAAAAAUAGUAAAAUAGUAAUAACUAUGUCAAUAGGAGGUAGACCAAAGCAUGUAGUUUGGAGUAUGGGCUUUAAUCGCAUCAAAGAUCCAAUAAAAGGUAAGCGACUAACAGAAAUUACUCAUUUUUUAUUAAUUUAUUAUCUACUUAGAAAUUAAUAAGAGUUCAACCGGUAUUUCAAAUAUGAUAUUAAUUGAUAAUAGAUUAAUAACCAAUAGGUAACUUUUACUUUUUAGUAUUUACUUUAUUAAUAUUAAAACUUAUUAAUUUAUUAAAAUCAUGAUUUUGUUGUUCUUUAUUCUUGUUUCAGAUAAUAAACACAAUGCAUUAUGCAUGAUUUGUCAUAAAAUAUUAAAGAAUACAAGUGUUGAUAGAUUGAAAAUCCACAGAAAUAUUUGUUUAUUUACAUCUGCAGAACCACUAUCACCAGAGCCAAGUCCACUAUAGUCUAUUAACAGUUCAAUGGUUUCUAAAAAUGAUUUAAGUAAGACUAGUAAAAGGGGAAAAAAUGAUCACUUUUGAUUUAUGUACAGUGAUUUAAUUUGGUGAAUCUUAUAUAACAAUUGAAAUUAAAAAACCAUUGACCAUAUCCCAAACUGGUUCUUUGCUGUUGGAUAAAAACGAUGCAUGUAGUAAACAAAAUAUAAACUAUAAUUCUGGUGACAACAAUAUUGAUAACAUUAUUUGAUAGUCAACAUUACAUUUUUUAUCAAUAUCACCACCUCAAAAACCAAAUUUAAUUUAUCAUACAAAAAGACAAAGCAUAAUCAUGAUACAGUAUUAUUAAAGUAAGUGGACAAUUGGUCACGAAAAAAUUCCAUAUGCGGACAAUCAGCUCCUAUUAUAAUUGUUUACACGGACAAUUGGUUCUAGGUCAAAUUUGUAUUCCUAUAUUUGAAUAUUUUUUUUAUUAAAUUUAAAUAUCUCAUUUUUGAAUAAGGUAAGAUAAGAAACAAAUUUUGGUAAUAAUCAAUUUGCCUAUUGUCCCAAUUUAAAAAUGAUUAUUUUAAAAAAAAAAUAUUUAUAGAGUUUUAUUUCAUAUUUUUAUAUUUCCAUUUUUAAUCUUAUACUGGUGAACUAUGUAAUCAUAAAUAAUAAUAAUAACCCUAAGAAUAGUAUUUUGAGAUAAAAUUGUAUUAAAAAUGUAAAGCCCUUCAUUGGUGAAUAUAAGGAGAACUGGGGAAGUUUUAUUUUAUCAUGCAUGGAAACUUGUAUAUCUAUUUGUAAUAGCUUUAAUAUCAACUUUUCAAAAGAUGAACUCUUCAGUUAUUUGUAUGGUUUAAGUGUUAAUAUUAAACAUUAGCUUAACAUUUUAUGCUUCAAAAAAUAUGAUGUAGAUGAACAUUUUUAAAAUAUUAGUUAUUUUAUGUAUUAGUAUUAAAAUAAUGUUUCAGUUAUUAUUAUAUUAUCUAAUUAGUUAGAUACUAUAAGUAAAAAUAAGUGAUAACUUUAAUUAUUGAAUUAUACAUAUAAAGGCAGAGACCAAUUGUCCAUGUAAAACAAAUUAUGUUGGGUACCGAUUGUCUGUUUACAUCGGUUUUUUUCCGGGGGCUAAGGGAAAUAUCCUAGAUCAACCUAUUGGUGUUUUGUGAUAAAAUUAUACUUUUUGAAAUAGAUAAAUGAAAUUUAGAACUAUCAAAACUAUUUUUUGAUUAACAUUCCAUUUUUGGCCAUUGAGGCAAUCCAUUUUAAACAUUUUCUUCAAAGUCUUAAGACUUGGUUAACAAGAAAAUAGAAACUUAUUAUUUACCUAUAAAAUUAUUAUUGCACAAAAUAGGUCAAUUAUUUAUAAUUAUAAGAUAUUUAAUUUAUUUAGGUUUCUACACAUAAUCAUUAUCUUGGUUCGAAAUUACCGAAUUCUUUUAAAAUUAUGCAUAGAAUUAUAGUUUUUUAUUUAAAAUAACUUUAGAAACCAAUCAUUUAGUAAGCUCGCAUAGUGGACUUGUUUUAUGUUUUUGAAACUUGAAAGAUUAAUUUUAUUUCAUUUAUUCCAUAUAAUUUUAACAGAAAUAUUAGCUGUUUAGUAGGUAUUUAAAAUGUUAAUAUUAACUAUUUAUGUUGUUAUUGCAUUUGUUAUUUCUAUAUUAUGCUGUUAUGCAAGAUACAAGAAUGAUUUUUAUUUUUAUUGUAAAUUUUAAAAUUAAUACAAAUUAAAAGCAAGACACAAGUAUUACAAAUAAUAUAAACUAAACUACCUAUUUGUUUAUCUAUAACAUAAUAUAUUCAUAUUUAAUAAUAAUUCAUGCUUCAAUACAUUAGCAAUUGAAUAGUUUUAAAUACACUUAUUACUAAAUUAAUUUUUAGUCUAGAAUACUUAAGGUAUCCUAGUCCUAGCAACAAUAAAAACAAUUUUCCACUACCCUUAGUAUACAUAAAAUAUGUUGCUUGCGUUCUCCUUUUUAACAUAUUUGAAUAUUGUUAUUUUUAUUAAAUUUGCUGAUCAAGGUUUCAAUUAUUUAUUUAUAUUUAAAAUAUUUUAUUUUAUUAUUACAGUAAAACCUCCUCACAACCCUUUAUAUAGCGGAAAUCUCCUUAAAACAGAAAACAGUUCUGCAUAAUCCACAUGCCGUAUAUUUUAGUCUCCCUAUAUUAAAUUUUUUUUUUUUAUUGUUGGAAAAAUCAGUUGUUAUAUUAUAUUGUUAUAUCAGUUCCAUUAUAAGGAGGUUUUACUGUAUUACUUAUUUAAUUUAACAAAAAUUUUAUUUAUAUAAUAAACAAUAACAUAUAUUAAUAAACUUAUGUAAAUCCAGUAAAAUCUUGAUUAUCCGUCACUCUUUCAUCUGUGAACUUCUGUUAUAAGUCACCCUUCAUCAUAAUGCAUGUAUAAAUACUAAAUAGUAAUGUUACUAAGAAAAAUAAAAACGUAUCUAUGAAAAAAGCUCAUGAUUCGUAUAAACAAACAAAAAUUACUCAUUUUUCAAAUUAUUAUAAAUAAAGUAAAUAAAUGUAUACAUAAAAAAAAAAUAAAUAAAUGAAUCAAGGUUGGAGUAUUUUGAUAAGUGUAUUAAACGAUCAGUUUAUAAUUAAAAAUUCAUCGGGUAUAUCACAGUCAAAAUGUAAAACAUUACUGCAUAUAAAAAAUUAAAUGAAGGAAUACAUAGAAAAUAAAAAUUAUACAAAUUGGUCAUUUUAUAUAGAAAUAAUUUAUUUUAUUAAGAGAGAUUAUUUAAAAUGGGUUAUUAUUAGACAUAGAUAUGUUAAGAAAUAUAAAUUAUUUGGUUAUUAUUUAUUAUCUAAAAUGUAUUGAUAUAAGACUUCAUUUUAAAAAUAUAUUUGAACAAUUAAAAUAUUAUUAAAAUUAGUUUUCUUUAUUUAAUUGUAUGUAUAUAAUUCUUAUAAAACUGAAUUAAUGUGUAUGUUAUUUUGAGUAUUUAGUAUCUAAGUCUGUAUCAAUAUCAAAACUUAUAUUAUGGUUAUUUUCUAAAACAUGUUUAAUGAAAUUUGAAUUAGGGGCAGUCUUUUUAAAUUUUUUUUCAGAAAUGUGUUUUUUAUAUCUUUUUAUCUAUUGUAAAAUUUCUUUUUGUCUUCUCUAUGUAAAAUUUAUUCUAGUUACAUUUAAGUUUAUAUAUACCAACAUUUACAAAAGAAGGGGGAUAUUUUGUGAAGGUUUUAGUACUAUUGUUUAAAUGUUUGAUUAAAUUAUUAUAAGUCUAACAAGCGAUUUUUACAUUAUUUGUAUUGUUCAGAAUUUUAGCGAAUUCGUUAAACAUAUUAUUUUUAUAUAUUAUACUGUAAUAGUUAACAUUAUUUAGUGAGUUGUGUAUUAUUUUUUCUUCAAUACGUUUAUGAAUUUUUUUUAAUAGUAUUUAAAAUAAAAUUAUUUUUAUGGGCUAUAAUAUUGAGCUUGUAUCGAUAAUUAUGCUUAUUUAAUGGAAUACGUUCAAGCCUAUAGAAUAUUGAAUUAAAAAAUGAUAUUUUUUGAGAAUAAAGAUGAUCAGAAUCAUGUGGUAUUAUAGCAUCAUUUUGUGUAGGUUUCCUGUUAACACUAAAAUCAAAUUUAUUGUUUAUUAUGGAAACUGUAAGAUUUAAAAAAUGUAAUUUAUUAUUCAUUUGUAUUUCACAUGUAAAUUGAAUGUUUUUAUUUAUUUUGUUUAAGUAGUUAACUAAAUUUUCUGUUUGUCUAUUUGAAUCUCUAAAUAAAAUGAACGUGUCAUCUAUAACAUUAAUAUGCUUUUAUAUAUGGACUGUAUAUUUUUUUGUUACUUAUUGGUUUCAUAAUUUUGCAUAUAAAUUUCAGAUAAAAGAGCACUUAAUGGACUACCCAUAACUAACUCAUCUUUUUGUGGUUAUAAUUUAUUAUUAUAUUGGAAAUAGUUUUAAUUAAUAAUUACAUUUAUUGAUUGAAUAAUUUCUUGUACUUCGUUCAUAUUAAAUUUGUUAAUUAUUAUUGUAAAAACUGUUUAAAUUUUGUAUAAGUUUUUUUUAAAAAAUUUUCUGUUUCAUGUUUAGGAAUAGAGAAUGAAUGUAUAUUCAUUUUUGACGUCAAGAGAAAUCAUUUUGUAAUCUGGCUUAAUAUUAAUUUUAUCAACAAAAUCAUAAGUGUUCUAUAUAGAAGUAUCAGUAUUCAUGUUUAAUUUUUCUUUUUGAGAAAUAAUUAAAUAUUUAGCAAGGUUAAUAGUUGGAGCAGUUUUAAAGUUAAUGGACAAAUCGGAUUAUAUUGAUUAUGUAAUUUUAUGAUUGGAUGUAUUGAUUCAUUUAUUUAUUUUAUUUAUAUAUUUAUUUACUUAAUUUCAAUUUACAAUUUUCAAUGUUUUUUUUUAAAUUAUUUAAUUAUUGAUAUUUCAGGCAACAAAUUGAUGCUUAAGUGGAAAAAAAUCAAGGAUCACUAUACUAAAAGUGAAAAAAAAAAAAUUAAAUCGGGACAAGCUGCUAUCUCUGGUAGAGGGUAUAUUUAUUCACAGCAAUUAUCAUUAUUACAAACUACUGAUGCCACAAGAGAUCCUCAGUCCAGCAUAGAUAACAAUUUACUAUUCGAUCAGGAAGAAUCUGUAGAACAACAAGAGUUACACAACAAUACAUCACAAUUAGAUAGAUCAGAAUGUUCCCUUCUCAAUGAACAGAAUUCCACAAAGAAGCGUAAAUGUGACAUAGAGUCUAUCAUAGAGUUUAUAAAUACUUUAAUUCCUACAACUCUAUCAAAUAUUCCAGACAGAUCAUUUUUCGAAAGUAUCCUUCCAUCUAUUAGUGGUUUUACAGAAGACCAGAAGAUCGAGUUUUGCUGUGAAGUUCUUAAUAUUAUUAAGCGAAUAAGGAAUCCACAAACUGUACAGUAAUAUAGAUAUAUAUCAAACAAUCCACAUUACGAACCCACAUAUAGAUACGGUUUUAUGUAUCCUUCCAACUACUUCGAGCUCAAACCUCCAUCUCGGUUUAACUGAUAUUCCACAUUAAUAAAACAACUACAAACAUUUACUUAAUAUUCUAAAACAACUAAACUGGAAACUCAGUUUUCAAUUUAGUUACCAUAUCAACAACUAUUAUGAUAAUCUAACCCCAUAUUGUUUAAUCAGUCAUUAAAUAUCAACAAAUUGAAUGUAGUUUUAUGUUCAAUUAGUGGCAUCGAAAAAUAUAAUUUUGUCAUUCUAAAUCAUCUUUCUGAAACACUAGUCUAUCAUUCUGCAAUAUCUCCAACCAUAUUAUCUUCCAUAACUAUGGACAACCACAUAAACAUCGAAAAAGACAGUAUGGACAUUUGUAGGGAUUAGUAAAAUAAUUUUAAAAUAAAAUCUUAAUUUGUAUUGUAAAUAAUUGUUUAAUUUGUAAUCAUUUCAUUGAUGAUAUCUACCAAUUAGUUCUUACACAAUGUCC